AUGGAUUUUGCGUGCGGCCCAGGUCUCAUUUCCAGAGAACUGGCACCAUACGCAAAGUCUAUUGUUGGCGUGGACAUCAGCCCGGGGAUGGUUGAUCAGUACAACACCCGUGUUGCGAAUCAAGGGAUCCCUCGAGAAGAAAUGCGCGCAGUGUGUGCGGACCUCCAAGGCACAGCUGACGAGCUCGAUGGAGAAAAAUUUGACCUCGUCGUAGUGCGUCCCUCAACCCAAAUCCGUGCACCCACAUCUCUAACACCGUCUCAACCCCUAAUCGGCGAAUUAUCCGCGAUACAGUGCGCCUCUUCGUACCAUCACUUUGCUUCGAUAAAUGAUAUCACGCGAACUCUGGCGUUUUUCCUCAAACCCAAUGGCGUGCUGCUUGUGAUCGACCUUCUGAAAUCUGAUGAUGCCGAGACGGAAGACCUCUUUCCAGACCAUGGUCAUCACAUCGUUGCACAUAAAGGUGGUUUCAAAGAGGAUGAUCUCAGAACCGCUUUUCGGGAAGCUGGUCUAACGGCGUUCAUGUUCAACGACGCCAUGACCGUGAAAAGAAGAGGACAUGACUUGAAGCUUUUUAUUGCGAAAGGAACGAAGCCUAUUUUAACGCCAGGACAGUUUUUGUAG